GAACAUCAGAAAUGAGGAUUAUAUUUUAUUUGCUGAUGCUCAGUGUUGUGUAUUGCUCAGAAGAGCAGAUUUUUGAGACAAAGACUGCUCAUGUUGGAGCGAAUAUAAAGCUGACAUGCCCCCGCAGGUCUACGGGAACCUUAUUUUGGAUCAAGCUUGUUUCUGGAAAUUUUCCUAAAAUAUUUGGAAGGUCAUUUAGCUCUCAGAGGGUUGAUCAGCGCAUUAGAACUGCAACAGAGGAUGGAAUAUUUGAUUUAUAUAUUUCAAAAGUACAGGACAGUGAUACAGGAGUUUACUUCUGUGUGAAAACAUUAAGUCGAGACUUAAUAUUUUUGAGAGGAACAUUCCUGAAAGUAGAAGGACCAGAACCUGCUUUCACUACAGCUCUCCCAUCUGAUCCUGUCCAUCUGGCACACACAGUGACACUGCAGUGUUCGAUCCUCCGUGACUUUCAGAACAAAAGUUGUCCCACUGAUAAGAGGAUGUUCUGUUUGAGUGCCAAAUCACAUCAGUCACACCUGGAUUUAAAUUAUAGUUGUGUUAAUGGUGAAGAUGAAUAUGAAAAGAAUCCAGAGGAACUCUCAGCAAAGACAUGUUUCUACAGCUACUUCAGAAACUUCAGCUCUUUUGAUUUUCAGGCAUAUUACUGUUCGGUGGCCACAUGUGUGGAGUCAUCUUCUGGGGAUAAAACAAAAGGCGAUACUGCAGCAGUCGACAGGAGCAAUUCAAAAAGGAACAACAUAUUUUUUUACCUGUUUAUCGCUACUCUGGCUAUAAGUGUGAUUGUUAUAGCCUUUCUAGUCUAUUCCAUCAAAAAACUAAAGACGAAUUCACAUGUGUACUCUAAUGCUGCUCUGGAAACAAAUGGAAUUUCAGGUGGUGAUCAGGAAAAUCCACAGACAGAUGAGGAUACGUUGGUAUAUUCUACAGCAACUUUUAAAAAAGUGAGUAAAUCAGUGGAAAGACAUAAAAAACCAACAGAGGAAGACAGCAUCUAUGCUGCUGUCAAGGCUCCUGUCCUGGAUUAACAUCUGUCAUGAGAUCUUUUAUGUGAAUAUAGUGUUCCCCUUUUUGUGUUAUAAAUGUACAUAAAUAGACUUUAUUAUCUGGAUACUUUUUGCAUUUUAAUCAGUUUUUAUUAAUAAACAGUAAAAAAAAAUCUUGUUAAAAUAUUGAUAAUAGGACUUUCCAAUAAAUAAAUUGUAAGAAUCAAGAAUCAGCAAAGGUAAAAACAUGUCUAAGUGGUGCCUUUGUUGUUGUUUAGAAGUGGCAAGGGCAAAGGAAACGAUUUAUUGUAGGUUGUAUGUGAGUCACUAAUUUUGCUGCUGCAGUCUGGAUCAACUGAAGGCCUUCCAGAGAGCAUUUAUACAAUAGUUUAAAUACUAAUAUGCAUAUUAUAUUAAUAUUGCAGUAGUCCAACCUAGAAGUAAUACAUGUAUGAACUGGCUUUUCAGCAUCACUUUGAUAUAGGAGGUUUCUAAUUUUCUACCUAUUUUCUACAUAUGUGUUUAAUGUGGAUGUUGGAGGACAUACACAGAUCAAAAAUGACUCCUCAAACUAUUACUGGAGACCAAGCUAAUGUAAUCCAAAUAAGCAUCUGGUUCGACACAUUUAGAAGUAGGAAAUUAGAGGUCAUCCAGUGAAACAGUAGGAUACUAGGGACAGGGUGAGAUAAAGGCAGAUGAUCUGAUGUGCUGACCCCGAAAGGUACUUUACUUACAAUAAAAUAACACAAAAUGUUAAUGUUUGUGGGGUUUUUGUCUUUAAUCUGUAUGUUUUUAGCUACAAGCUUUGUAUUUUGAACACAUCUCAGUCACAUUGUGUUUUGCAUUAAAAUGAAUAAAAAGUUACUCAAAUC